AUGAGCGGGGUGUGGGGGGCCGGGGGGCCUCAGUGCCGGGCGGCGCUCGCGGUCCUGGCCUCGCUGUGCCGGGCCCGGCCGCCCCCUCUCGGGCUGGACGUGGAGACUUGUCGGAGCUUCGAGCUACAGCCCCCAGAGCGGAGUCCGAGCGCAGCCGACGCAGGCGCCUCUGUCAGCCUCCUUGCAGUGGUAGUUAUUGUGUGUGGCGUGGCCCUGGUGGCAGUUUUUUUCUUUCUUUUUUGGAAGCUGUGCUGGAUGCCCUGGAGGAACAAGGAGGCCUCCAGUCCCUCUUCUGCUAACCUCCCCCCAGAGGCCCUCCUGAGCCCCAGCUCCAGAGGCAACAUGGCAGACAAGCUGAAGGACCCCAACACUCUGGGCUUCCUAGAGGCAGCUGUGAAGAUCAGCCACACAUCCCCAGAUAUCCCGGCCGAGGUGCAGAUGUCAGUCAAGGAGCACAUCAUGCGUCACACACGGCUGCAGCGACAGACCACAGAGCCAGCAUCAUCCACCAGACACACGUCCUUCAAGCGCCACCUGCCAAGGCAGAUGCACGUUUCCAGCAUGGACUAUGGUAAUGAGCUGCCCCCGGCAGCAGAGCAGCCCACCAGCAUCGGCCGCAUCAAGCCUGAACUCUACAAGCAGAAGUCAGUGGAUGGGGACGAGGCCAAAUCUGAGGCCACCAAGAGCUGCGGGAAGAUCAACUUCAGCCUGCGCUACGACUAUGAGAGCGAGACCCUGAUUGUGCGCAUCCUGAAGGCCUUCGACCUCCCUGCCAAGGACUUUUGCGGCAGCUCUGACCCUUACGUCAAAAUCUACCUCCUGCCCGACCGGAAGUGCAAGCUGCAGACCCGGGUGCACCGAAAGACCCUGAACCCCACCUUUGAUGAGAACUUCCACUUCCCCGUGCCCUACGAGGAGCUGGCUGACCGCAAGCUGCAUCUCAGCGUCUUUGACUUUGACCGUUUCUCCCGCCAUGACAUGAUCGGAGAGGUCAUCCUGGACAACCUCUUUGAGGCUUCUGACCUGUCCCGGGAAACCUCCAUCUGGAAGGACAUCCAGUACGCCACGAGUGAAAGCGUGGAUUUGGGAGAGAUCAUGUUCUCCCUCUGCUACCUGCCCACAGCGGGCAGGCUCACCCUCACCGUGAUCAAAUGUCGGAACCUCAAGGCGAUGGACAUCACAGGCUAUUCAGACCCAUAUGUCAAAGUGUCCCUGCUUUGCGACGGGCGGAGACUAAAGAAGAAGAAAACAACCAUAAAGAAGAACACUCUCAAUCCUGUCUACAAUGAAGCCAUCAUCUUUGACAUUCCCCCAGAGAACAUGGAUCAAGUCAGCUUGCUCAUCUCAGUUAUGGAUUAUGAUCGAGUGGGCCACAAUGAGAUCAUUGGUGUCUGUCGUGUGGGGAUCAGCGCCGAGGGCCUGGGCAGGGACCACUGGAACGAGAUGCUGGCAUACCCGCGGAAGCCCAUCGCACACUGGCACUCCUUGGUGGAGGUAAAGAAAUCCUUCAAAGAGUGGCAGGGCCGAGCUGCCAGCUUCGACAGCGAGAGCUCCUGCCCAUCUCCGAAACCACCUCCGACACCAUGAGCUGCACGGCCAAGUGACACGAACAGGACUCAGCAACGUUCUUUUUGCACUUGUUCAACCGUCUAAACACAGUAUUGUGCAGUGGCAGCGGCAGCGGCAGCGCAUCUCUCACUCCAGAGUCUUAACUGCUCCUGUGUAGGUCAAGGCCGAGACACUUGUCGUGUGGUCAGAUCUGUCUUAGUCUUGUCUGUCUCCCAAGGUGAUGUUUUUUGUGGUUUUCACUUUUUGUGGAUCUGCUGUCAUGAAAAGAAGGGAAAAGAAGUAGGAAAAAAACGAAGAGUAGAGAGCCCAGGAGUUGGUUCUAUAAAAUACAACGUAAAAUAGUCGUCUUUUCGGGGGAGGUGGUUUGAGUUUCUGAAAUUUUGUGUCUCCACCAAGCUCCAUAACCUGGAGAAGAAAGAAGGGAGAUGGAGUGGUGGCUGCUUUUUCAGUGGCCUACAGGAAUGGCGCAAAUUGGUCGAAGAGCCUUUACCAGGCUGAUUAUGACUCUUUGAAGCUCUUCGCGGAUGUGACAUUCUCCGAGAUGUGGACUCCUGGUCCCAUGUUGAAAUCACAAGUGCUCUGUGGUGUCUGUGAACCUUCCGCUGGUCAUGCCGGGCUCCUC